AACAGAAGUGGAGCAUGGGGAACUCCAAAAGGUAUAUGGAAUGCUGGCAUCACAAGUGGUGGCUUAACCCAUUUACGACCCCAUAAAUAUAUUGCAAGAAAGAAAAAAAGAAAAGGAAGUUACUGCCUUUAUUCUUUAAAAACUGGCUUCAGAAUAAAUGAUCUUCACCAAUCAGUCUUGCCAGCAAUUCUUGAGGACCAUUGAAAACUUUUCUGUGGAUAUACCCAUCCCAUUUCUCUUCUCUUUUUUGAGGAGAGAGUUUUUAAGGAGAAUUCACAGGAUGAGUAAUGUCCCUCUUGGCACUUGGCUGUCUUAUCGUAGGGGAGAGAUCAAACAGUUUUGUCAGCCUGGUGGAUGGCAGCUGUCCAGAGAGAGGAAACAGCCAACAUUCUUCGUGGUGGUCCUGACAGAUAUUGACUCAGAUCGACAUUAUUGCUCAUGCCUAACUUUCUAUGAGGCGGAGAUCAAUCUCCAGGGAACAAAGAAGGAAGAUACUGAAAGUGAAGAAGUGUCUGGUUUAAUUCAGCCUGCAGAAGUAUUUGCUCCCAAAAGCCUGGUGUUGGUGUCCAGAUUAGAUUAUCCAGAGAUUUUUAGGGCCUGCCUGGGUUUGAUCUAUACUGUGUAUGUGGACAGUCUGAAUGUCUCCUUGGAAAGUUUAAUCGCAAAUCUUUGUGCUUGCCUUGUUCCUGCAGCUGGAGGGUCUCAGAAGCUGUUUUCCUUGGGUGCAGGAGAUCGGCAGCUGAUCCAAACUCCUUUACAUGAUAGUCUUCCUGUCACAGGCACUAGUGUGGCUCUCCUGUUUCAGCAAUUGGGAAUUCAGAACGUCCUCAGCCUCUUCUGUGCAGUACUCACAGAAAAUAAGGUUCUCUUCCAUUCUGCAAGUUUCCAGAGACUUAGUGAUGCUUGUAGAGCCCUGGAAUCUUUAAUGUUUCCUCUUAAAUAUAGCUAUCCAUAUAUUCCCAUUCUCCCAGCACAACUACUAGAAGUUCUAAGUUCCCCAACGCCUUUCAUUAUUGGAGUACAUUCUAUCUUUAAAACUGAUAUCCAUGAACUUUUAGAUGUAAUCAUAGCAGAUUUGGAUGGAGGAACUAUUAAAAUUCCUGAAUGCAUUCACCUGUCUUCCCUUCCAGAGCCACUUCUACAUCAGACUCAAGCAGCUCUUUCUUUGAUUUUACACCCAGAUUUGGAAGUAGCAGAUCAUGCUUUUCCUCCUCCACGAACAGCUUUAUCACAUUCAAAAAUGCUGGAUAAAGAAGUGCGAGCAGUUUUCCUUAGAUUAUUUGCCCAACUCUUCCAAGGAUAUAGAUCAUGCUUACAACUUAUAAGGAUUCAUGCAGAGCCAGUUAUACAUUUUCACAAAACAGCUUUCUUGGGACAGCGUGGUUUGGUUGAGAAUGAUUUCCUCACUAAAGUGCUCAAUGGAAUGGCAUUUGCAGGUUUUGUUUCAGAAAGAGGUCCUCCUUAUAGAUCUUGCGAUCUCUUUGAUGAGUUGGUAGCCUUCGAAGUAGAGAGAAUUAAAGUUGAAGAAAAUAAUCCAUUGAAAAUGAUAAAGCAUGUCAGAGAACUUGCUGAGCAACUAUUUAAAAAUGAGAAUCCAAAUCCUCAUAUGGCAUUCCAGAAAGUUCCACGCCCAACAGAAGGAUCCCAUUUGCGAGUUCAUAUUCUCCCUUUUCCAAAGAUUAAUGAAUCUCGAGUUCAAGAGUUAAUACAGGAAAAUCUUGCUAAGAACCAGAAUGCUCCUCCAGCUACACGAGUGGAAAAGAAAUGCGUUGUGCCAGCAGGUCCACCUGUUGUUUCAAUAAUGGAUAAGGUGACAACAGUUUUCAACAGUGCACAGAGACUGGAAGUUGUCAGAAACUGCAUCUCAUUCAUAUUUGAAAAUAAAACUUUGGAGACUGAAAAGACCCUUCCUGCUGCUCUGAGAGCCCUUAAAGGAAAGGCAGCAAGACAAUGUCUCACUGAUGAACUGGGUUUGCAUGUCCAACAGAACCGGGCAAUAUUAGACCAUCAACAGUUUGACUACAUAAUAAGGAUGAUGAACUGUACUCUACAGGAUUGUUCAAGUUUAGAAGAAUAUAACAUUGCUGCAGCAUUACUCCCUUUGACCAGUGCUUUCUAUAGGAAACUUGCUCCUGGAGUCAGCCAGUUUGCUUACACUUGCGUACAGGACCACCCCAUUUGGACAAAUCAGCAGUUUUGGGAGACAACUUUUUACAGUGCAGUACAAGAACAAGUUCGCUCCCUGUAUCUCUCAGCCAAGGAAGACAAUCAUGCUCCACAUCUGAAGCAAAAGGAUAAGCUUCCUGAUGACGAGUAUCAGGAGAAGACAGCAAUGGACCUCGCAGCUGAGCAGCUACGUCUUUGGCCUACUCUGAGCAAAUUAACUCAGCAAGAGCUGGUACAACAUGAGGAAAGCACUGUCUUCAGUCAGGCCAUCCACUUUGCAAACCUCAUGGUUAAUCUGCUGGUUCCACUGGACACAAGUAAAAACAAGCUCCUCAGAACAUCUGCGCCAGGCGACUGGGAGAGCGGAAGCAACAGCAUUGUCACAAAUAGUAUUGCAGGAAGUGUUGCUGAGAGCUAUGAUACGGAGAGUGGGUUUGAAGAUUCAGAGAAUGACAUUGCCAACUCUGUUGUGCGGUUCAUUACGCGAUUUAUUGACAAGGUUUGUACGGAGAGUGGAGUGACUCAGGAUCACAUCAAGAGCCUCCAUUGCAUGAUACCAGGAAUUGUAGCCAUGCACAUUGAGACCCUAGAGGCAGUGCAUCGAGAGAGUAGAAGACUUCCACCUAUACAGAAGCCCAAGAUUCUUAGACCUGCACUGCUGCCAGGAGAAGAAAUUGUAUGUGAAGGUCUUCGGGUCCUACUAGAUCCUGAUGGAAGAGAAGAAGCCACUGGAGGUCUUCUUGGAGGCCCACAGCUGCUGCCGGCAGAAGGAGCCUUGUUCCUGACCACAUACAGAAUUCUCUUCAGAGGGGCUCCCCAUGAUCAACUGGUUGGCGAGCAGACAGUCAUGCGUAGCUUUCCCAUUGCCUCCAUCACCAAGGAGAAGAAAAUCACAGUGCAGAACCAGCUACAGCAGAACAUGCAAGAAGGACUGCAGAUCACAUCAGCAUCUUUUCAGUUGAUUAAAGUAGCGUUUGAUGAAGAAGUCAGUCCAGAAGUAGUAGAGAUCUUUAAGAAACAGCUAAUGAAGUUCCGUUAUCCUCAGUCCAUUUUCAGCACCUUUGCUUUUGCCACUGGACAAACAACCCCACAAAUAAUUUUACCCAAGCAGAAAGAAAAGAACACUUCUUUCCGCACUUUCUCAAAAACAAUAGUAAAAGGUGCCAAAAGGGCAGGAAAAAUGACAAUUGGGCGACAGUAUUUAUUGAAAAGGAGGACAGGGACAAUUGUGGAAGAGAGAGUAAAUCGUCCAGGAUGGAAUGAAGAAGAUGACAUUUCUGUUUCAGAUGAGAGUGAACUUCCCACAAGCACCACCUUGAAAGCCUCAGAGAAGUCUACAAUGGAACAGUUAGUGGAAAAAGCUUGUUUUAGAGAUUAUCAGCGUUUAGGUUUGGGAACCAUAAGUGGCAGCUCUUCUCGUUCUAAACCAGAGUAUUUUCGAAUCACUGCCUCCAACAGGAUGUAUUCACUAUGCCGAAGCUAUCCUGGCCUUUUAGUCAUACCUCAAGCUGUACAGGACAGUAGUUUACCAAGAGUAGCACGCUGCUAUCGACACAAUCGCCUGCCUGUUGUGUGUUGGAAGAACUCAAGAAGUGGUACUCUGCUCCUCCGAGCUGGAGGAUUCCAUGGCAAGGGAGUUGUUGGUCUCUUCAAAUCCCAGAACUCCCCUCAGGCUGCUCCUACCUCCUUAGAAUCUUCCAGUAGCAUAGAACAGGAAAAGUACUUGCAAGCCUUGCUGAGUGCAGUUUCUGUCCAUCAGAAACUCCGAGGCAACAGCACCCUUACUGUCAGGCCAGCACUUGCUCUGUCUCCAGGGACUGAAAGGAGGACUUCAAGAAUGUCCACUGUGCUUAAGCAGGUAGUGCCAGGACACUUGGAUGUAAACCCAUCCAAUAGCUUUGCUCGAGGAGGUGUGUGGGCAAGUCUUCGCUCUAGUGCUCGCUUGAUCAGCUCUCCAACAUCUUUCAUUGAUGUUGGUGCCCGGCUGGCAGGCAAGGAUCACUCGGCCUCCUUUAAUAACAGCACCUACCUACAAAACCAGCUCUUCAAACGCCAAGCAGCCCUUUAUAUAUUUGGUGAAAAGUCACAACUAAGGAACUUCAAGGUAGAAUUUGCUUUAAAUUGUGAGUUUGUUCCUGUUGAAUUUCAUGAUAUCCGACAAGUGAAAACCAGUUUUAAAAAGCUGAUGAGGGCUUGUAUCCCAAGCACCAUUCCUACUGACUCAGAAGUGACCUUCCUAAAAGCCCUGGGAGACUCCGAGUGGUUCCCACAGCUUCACAGGAUAAUGCAGCUGGCUGUGGUGGUAUCAGAAGUGCUUGAGAAUGGUUCCUCAGCCUUGGUCUGUUUGGAAGAAGGUUGGGACAUCACUGCACAAGUAACAUCCCUGAUUCAGGUACUCAGUGAUCCCUUUUAUAGAACACUCGAAGGCUUCCGGAUGUUGGUUGAAAAAGAAUGGCUCUCCUUUGGUCAUAAAUUCAGUCAGCGGAGCAGCUUGACCCUCAACUGUCAGGGUAGUGGUUUUGCUCCAAUCUUCUUACAGUUCUUAGACUGUGUACACCAGGUUCACAAUCAAUAUCCAACAGAGUUUGAAUUCAAUCUCUAUUAUUUAAAGUUCCUGGCCUUCCACUAUGUUUCUAAUCGUUUUAAAACAUUUCUUCUGGAUUCAGACUAUGAAAGGUUAGAGCAUGGAACUUUAUUUGAUGAUAAAGGAGACAAACAUGCCAAAAAAGGAGUGUGUAUUUGGGAAUGCAUUGACAGAAUGCACAAGAGGAGCCCCAUUUUCUUCAAUUAUUUAUAUUCACCAGUGGAAAUUGAGGCCCUGAAGCCCAGUGUAAAUGUCUCCAGCCUCAAAAAGUGGGAUUACUACAUAGAGGAGACCCUGUCCACAGGGCCUUCGUAUGACUGGGUGAUGCUGACCUCCAAACACUGCCCCUCUGAAGACCCCGACCUGCCUGGAGGAGCUGGCCCCCAGAGCCGGAGGAGAACAGUGUGGCCAUGCUAUGAUGACGUCAGCCGCGCCCAGCCCGAUGCUCUCACCAGCCUUUUCAGUGAAAUUGAAAAGUUAGAGCAUAAAUUGAACCAAACUCCGGAGAAGUGGCAGCAGCUGUGGGAGAAGGUAGCCAUGGACCUUAAAGAAGAGCCAAGAGCAGACCGUUCCCAGAGACACCCCUCGGGGUCCCCAGGAAUCGUGUCUGCCAACCUCCCUUCCUAUCACAAGAGGUCUCUGCUGCAGCUGGCAGACAGCAGCGUUGCGGAGGAGCAGAGCGCCAGCCUCGCCCCCUCCAACGGAGUGGAGCGGAGAGCAGCCACGCUCUACAGCCAGUACACGUCUCGGGCCGAUGAGAACAGGUCCUUUGAGGGAACGCUUUACAAGAGAGGGGCUUUGCUGAAAGGGUGGAAGCCCCGCUGGUUUGUUUUGGAUGUAACGAAACAUCAGCUGCGAUACUAUGACUCCCGUGAGGACACAAGCUGUAGGGGUCACAUCGAUCUGGCUGAAGUGGAAGUGGUCAUGCCUGCUUGUCCCAGCAUGGGAGCCCCAAAGCACACGAGUGACAAGGCUUUCUUUGAUCUCAAGACCAGCAAGCGUGUGUAUAACUUCUGUGCCCAGGACGGACAGAGUGCCCAGCAGUGGAUGGACAGGAUCCAGAGCUGCAUCUCUGACGCGUGACGCCAUGGUCAGCCCAAGCAGAAGAGGCGGAGGCUCCCACAGCGCCAGAGUCCUGAGGAGCUGGCAGCAAGUCACCCAGGCGAGGCGCUCGGCCCAGCCCUGCCCGGGCCCCCGGGCUCUGCUCAAGAGUCCCAGGCCUCUGCAGGGUCUUGCACUAAUCUGUCCUAGCAGGUCUCGGUGGUUAGGGAGCAGAAGAACGAGCCAGCGCUCGUCCUUCCCUGGGCAGAAUGGCUGCCGCUUGCCUGGGACCUCGGGCGUGGAAGCUACGUCCAGGGCCGUGGUUUCCUUGGAGAGCUUUGUAACGAGCCAAAACCAAAACUCUCUGAGACCAUCUUCUCCAGGAACAGGCUUGCACUGGAGGUGCCUGUCCCAGGCUGACCUUGGAGACCUCCGCGCUCUGCUGCUGACUGAAGGCGCUUCCGUGGUCCCUGCAAGAGACGUUGCUGCUCAGCGGCCAGCAGAGGGGGCCGCACGGGACGGUCCCGCGGGGCACACUGCCCAGGGCGUGGGGCGGCGAGGACGAGGCCAGCGCAGGGCGCAGCUGCUCCCCGCACUGGGAGCGCAGGUUCGCUAUCCUGUGGUGCUCUGAGACCUGCACCCGGACAGCUCCUUACACAGCAGCGCGCACUAACCCACAGCACGAGCCCUCGUGCUGACUCCCACGGACGUGGACUUGUGGAAGGGACAGAGCCUCCCACACCUGUGACAAGGGCUGGCUGGGCCACGGUGGCACGACUGGGCCGCCAGACACGAGAGCACAUGAGUCCUAAGAACUGCUUUUAGAUUUUCUUUACUUCUGAGAGCCUGUGUUUGUUCAGCUUAAAAUCCCAGGAAUGCUGUUUGCUCACAGUCAACAGAAACAGCCUCUGGCGCCAGCUGGAGGCCUGGGAGCCAGAGCCCUGCAUUCCUGUUCUAAUGUUAAUAUGUUAGAUUCCCAACUAAUGCUUCCAGACUGUGUACAGAUUUCUAGGCCCAUUUUCAGAAAGCCUGCUUGUAAUUUAAUAUACAGUUAACCAGACUGAUUCAUUCAUAAGAUUUCAGUAAUGAGACUGUUCCCUUUUUUAAAAAAAAGCUACUUUGCUUUUGUAGAUUAAAAAUAAAUCAGAUUUUCAAAUGUAAAAUUGUCUACACACUAGGAAAUAGAACUGUGUUAAUAUAUAAGGAAUUGGGAGAUAAGACGAAUGAAGGACUUUUCUAUCAUUUUUGUUUUAUAAAUUGCCACCUGUGGAAGAGGUUUUUGCACAUUAUUUGUAUUUUUCUUUGUAUAUUAAAUAAUUUUUUGUACUUUGUAAAAUAUGGAUCCCAAUACACCUUCCGCUGUUUGAGACCAUAUACAGCUGCUUUUGUAACUGGUUUCUUUAAGCUCUCAUGAAGGCCUCACACGCCUUAGAGUCACUAACCACCUGGGAUUAAACUUAUUUCUUAAGAAAAAAAAAA